CACGGAAACAUCAACACAACAACACACAACAGGCAGCAAUCGAAUCUCCGCACUCACACACUUCUGCGACAACGACAACGACAACGACACACACCAACCCCUCACACCUUUCGAACGUCAGCCAUCAUGGCAAGGUCCAACAACGACAACAACGACGGCAACACCACCAACAAGGAUGACUCAAACAGCGGCAGCAUCAGUGGUGGUGGUGGCUCAAACUCGCCCAUCUCGCAGAUGUGUCUGGGCUAUUGGAUGCACCAACCAACCGCGGAGCAACGUGGCUCGUGCCUCGGCGUCCUCUUUGUUCACGCGCUGAAGCAGGUCCACCCUUCAGAGUAUUCAACAGGCACCUUCACCGUUGUUGUGCAAAGCGUCACAAAGGAGGAGAAAGCGCAGUAUGAUCAGUUGCGCCAGCAACAGGAACAGGAAGCACGUGACAGGCAGGCAGAGGAGCAAGAGGCAGCCAAACAGACACAGCGGGACCUGGCCGAAGUAAGGAAACGAUGGCGCGAAGCAGCACAACAACAGCAAGAUCGGUACAGUGACCACCAACAACAACAGCAGCAGCAGCAGCAGCAGCAGCAGCAGCAGCAACAGCGGAUAUCGCAAGAUGAAGACGACAAGCGCAACCCAAAUGAUACACAGCAGCGCCAACAGCAACACGACACCACCGGCCAACGCAGCAAUGCCCAGGCACCAUGGACAACGAUGGGGAGGAACAGCGGUACUGAGAACGGCAACACGCCAGCUGGGGACGACAUGGUGUCAACUGGCAUCUCCAGGGGUCUCAGAAUCGCAGACACCGUUGCCACCUUUUUCGAUAAGGACAGCCAGCUCCGCAAAGAUGUGGUUGAACGCGUGAAACGGGGUGCAGAGCAGCAAGCACAGAGCUUUGGCAGAGCGUAUGAUGUCCUCCUCAGCAGGCGGACUGUGGACAAGGCCUCGGAUAUCGUGAAGAAGACGCCAGCAACAGCCCGCCGCGCCUGGGACUGGCUCCUCUCCGUCGUGUCAAGCUGAAUAAACACGUGUGUGGGUGUGUGUCUGUACAUGUGCGUCUGUUUUCGUGUGUGUGUCUCUCUCUCUCUCUCUCUCUCUC